CGGCACCUCUGCUGGCCCCACUUAUCGAGAACCGCGGUGUGCACCGAUAACAACGCCAUUUUUGAAAGUACUGGCAGAAAUGUGUUCGUAUUUUAGCGUCGUAUUGAAUUAGCUUAGGCAAGGAUCGGAAAAUCGAAUUUCUUGAGUGUACGGGGUUGCCCGUGAAGAACCCACGUUACACCGUGACCUAGACCAAAUCAAAAUUGUAAGUUGCUGUUGCUGUGACCCGAUUGUUCAGUUUUCCCGGGGUCUUCUGCAUCUCGAUUCGGAUCUGCUGCCCUGCUCAAGAUGUCCAGCGAGGAUUCCAGCUCGGUGACUGUCGCCUUGCGCGUGCGCCCAUUGGUGCAGUCCGAGUUGGAUCGCGGCUGCCGUAUUGCCGUGGAACGCUCUGCGGAAGGAGUUCCACAGGUCACAGUCAACAGGAAUGAGUCUUAUACGUACAAUUACGUCUUUGACAUUGACGACACGCAAAAGGAUGUCUUCGAGACCUGUGUGCAGGGCAAAAUGUCGAAGCUGUUGCGCGGCUAUAAUGUCACGAUCUUGGCAUAUGGCCAAACAGGUUCUGGCAAGACCUACACUAUGGGCACAGCCUUCGAUGGAGUGCUCGAUGAUCAUGCUGGUGUUAUACCACGAGCCGUUCAUGAGAUAUUCAAAGCCAUUUUAGAAUUGCGGGAGGAAUUCCGUUUCUCUGUCACAUGCUCUUAUGUGGAGCUCUACCAGGAGCAGUUAUAUGACCUCUUUUCGGAAAAACGGGAAAGAGCCACCAUAGACAUCAGGGAAGUGCAGAACCGUGUGGUUAUGCCGGGCCUCACUGAGAUAGUUGUCAAUUCCGCCCAGGAAGUGACCGAUCAUCUGAUACGCGGCUCCGCCGGACGGGCUGUGGGCGCCACGGCCAUGAAUGAAACCUCCUCAAGAUCCCAUGCGAUAUUUACGUUGACGCUGGUAGCCACCAAACUGGACGGCAAUAAAACCGCCACAACAUCGAAGUUUAACCUGGUUGAUCUGGCUGGCUCUGAACGCUGCUCAAAGACUAUGGCCAGCGGCGAUCGCUUUAAAGAGGGCGUGAACAUCAAUAAGGGCCUUCUUGCCCUGGGCAGCGUGAUUAAUGCCCUGGGAUCUCACCAAUCCACUGCCUAUAUACCCUACCGGCAGUCCAAGCUGACGCGUCUGCUGCAGGACUCCCUAGGCGGUAACUCCAUUACGUUGAUGAUUGCUUGCGUCAGCCCCGCUGACUACAAUGUGGCAGAGACAUUGAGCACCCUACGCUACGCGGAUCGGGCCCUGCAAAUCAAAAACAAGCCAGUGGUCAAUCUCGAUCCGCAUGCGGCGGAGAUAAAUAUGCUGAGGGACAUCAUCCAAAAACUGCGUGUAGAGCUGCUGGCCACCGGCAAGAUGACCAGCUCUAUAAGUAGAGCUGUUGAAAUAGCUGGCUUGGGUGAGAUUCCCUGUGGGGAUUCACUAGCUGGUUCAGUAGCCAAUGAAGCCGAGUAUAAGCGCCACAAGGAAGAAGUGCGCACCCUGCAGGACAGGAUUAAAAAACUACAGCAAGAGCUUCAACAGUCGUUGACCGAACUGGCCGAGAAAGAAAUGCGUUCCCAUAUUACUGAUCAGGGCCGUGAUAAACUCCGAGGUUAUAUGAUUGAGAUAAAAUGCAAACUGGAUCAAAAGGAAAAGGUGAACUCCGAAAAUGGUCUUAUGGACCCAGAACUGCGCGAAAUCUCAUUGCUAGUGGAUCUAGUGAACAAGGAAUUGCAACACACUCAGAAUGAGCUGGAGAUCCAGAGCAAUGAGACACGCCAGCUGCUCAGCACUUGUUCGCAAUCAGAUGGGAUGGAAAAGAGCAUCGAUGAAGCCCACGACCAGCUGGAUUCCCACUCGGAGGAGUUCACUAACAAGCAAUUGAACUUCGCGGGCGAACUGCGCAACAUCAAUCGCCAGCUGGAUCUCAAAGAGGAGCUGCAAAGUCGUAUUAUUCGCAACUUGGACAAGUUGGAGGCGGGUAACGAGGAUGACAAGUUGCGUCAGUGCAACCAAAAGAUCGAUGACCUCGAGGCGGAGCGACGAGACCUGAUGGAUCAGCUGCGCAGUAUUAAAAGCAAGGAUACUUCUGCCAAGUUGGCGGAGGAGCGACGCAAACGCCUGCAGGUUUUGGAGCAUGAGAUCUCCGAACUGCGCCGCAAGCUGAUCACCCAGGCCAACAUGCUAAAAAUGCGAGAGAAGGAGCGUGAAAAGAUUAAAAAUCUAUCUAGCGAAAUAGGCACCAUGAAGGAGUCCAAGGUGAAGCUCAUCCGGGCAAUGCGUAGUGAAUCCGAGAAGUUCCGCCAUUGGAUGACGGUUCGCGAAAAGGAGCUCACCCAACUUAGGAGCAAGGACCGCAAAAUGCAGUCGGAGAUUGUGCGCCAGCAGAUGCUGCACACCAAGCAGCGGCAGGUCUUAAAGCGCAAGUGCGAGGAGGCUGUGGCUGCCAACAAGAGGCUGAAGGAUGCCCUCGAGCGCCAGGCACAUGCGCAGGCCCAGCGUCAGAAGUACGCCAAGGAACACGGCGGCUCUGGCUCAGGCUCCGCAAAGACAGAUUCCUGGGUGGAUCGUGAAUUGGAGAUCAUACUCUCGCUUAUAGAUGCCGAGCACAGUUUGGAGCAACUGAUGGAGGACCGGGCGGUAAUCAACAAUCACUAUAAUCUGCUCAAGAAACAGAAGAUCGAUGAUCUUGCCGAAGCCAAGGAGCAGGCCGCCAUUCUGGCGAAUCUCGAGGAGGAGCUGGAAAUGCGCAAUGCGCAGAUCUCUGAUAUUCAGCAGAAAGUCUGCCCCGCCGAUCUGGGUAGCCGCAUUCACUCCUUGGCGGAGGGCGUCCAAAGUCUUGGCGAAUCCAGGGCUGUAAGUAAGCAACUCUUGAAGACUUUGGUGCAGCAGCGGCGUAUACAGGCGGCCAGCAUGAAUGAGCAGCGCACAGCGUUGGAUGAGCAGCGCGCACAGCUCCUGGAUGCUCAGCAGCAAGAGGAGACUUUGAGCAAACGCAUCCGUCUGCUCCAAUCCGAGCAUGAAGAACAAAUGCUGGCCCAACAGCGCGCCUACGAGGAAAAGGUCGCCAUUUUGAUCAGGACUGCCAACCAGCGAUCGACUGAAGUACAGUCACCGGCGGAGGAGCUGAAGCAUCACAAUGAAAUCCUCGAAGAACUGCUCAGCAGCCGAGAGGCACUGCAGCAUGAGCUGGACGAACUAAAAGCCAAGACCAAGUCAAAAGCCAAGCCAGUUCCGGCUACUUCUCAGAAUUUAGAUGAUAGUGUCCAGAUAGUGGAUUUUAACGAAACAGUAGAGCUAAGCGAUGUCAGCGACGAUCCCGACUGGGUGCCCGCCACAUCGAAAUUCAAGAGGGGUCAGGCCGAUGUUAGCCGCAAUGUGAAGCCGCAGAUUUCGGGAUCAACUCCUUUACAGAAGCCGGAUGCCAACGUGACGUCAUUGGACAAUGCAUCCAUCCAAUCGCUGAAUUCCACAACCGCCACAGAGGACGGCAAACGCUGCAAAGGUUGCAAGUGUCGAACGAAGUGCAACACCAAGCGAUGCGGUUGCCUUGUGGCCAACCAUGCAUGCUCCGAGAUCUGCGUUUGCAAGACGAAUUGCCACAACCCAAUGAAUGGCCAUAGUCCGUCUCCGCAUUGCGGGGCGGGCGAUGGUUACACUGCCGAAGACAUCAAGGAGGACAUCACGUCCGAGACCGGCGACGAGGAGCCGCAGACCAAGGAGAACAUGGAUAAGUUCGUCGCUCCAGAAGCGCCCGGCAAAGUGGAGCAAUCACCAAAGCGUACACUGCGGGAACCACCAAAGGCCGUAGCCACACCGCUGAGCAAUACAUCCAGUGCGGAAGAUAUCAAUGGACCCAAGUUGGCUAAAAUGUCGGGACUGGCGUUUGACACGCCCAAGCGCAAAUUCUUUUAACGUUGGAGCGGACCUCAUACAUGUGGAGAACGGAGCAGCAGUAGAGGAGGAGCAGAAGCGGAGCAAAAUGAGAGCAGAAGUGGAGCAGGAGCGAGUUCUCCAGAUACCUGUCAGCACGAUUAGACUAGACUUGGGCUAGAUGGCUAGAUUGGUUAGGCUCGUUUUAAUAAUAUGUUUGUUAAAUUCUUUUAGGAAAUUUUCGUUAGGGAACUCAUAUCAACCAAGACUGUUUUACCCAUCCAUGUUUUAGAAUGCACCAAUGUAGCAUCGGAUGAUCUGCACUAAUUCGCCUCUAGGUCAUCCAAACUAAUUUUAAAUUCGAUCAACUACAGAAUCCAGUGCCUUUGACAGGCAAUAGCCCAGACCUAUUUAUUUGCUUUUUAUCAGAUUUAAAGUACAUGGCCCAAAUGCAUGAUUACGAGAGAGAUGGGAAUAUUCUAAGGGCCAGGAUUUCUUACAUUCGUAAGCAUUUAUUUUCCAAGGACUAGAGACUUUAUCGGAAAGGAGUGAAACUAACACCUUGCCAUGUAUGUUUCGACUACAGAGGAUGGGCAGAAAAAGAGGUCAACCCACAUUGAUUCUGGCGUUUUUCAAAUAAGUUUCGUAUUUUCAACCAAGCCCCGAAUUUCGAAAUACAUGCAUUUAUAUUUUGACAUUUUA